CAAAAACCACAACUCAGAAAUGGAAAUGGGGAUGAAGAAGAAAAUACGAUUUAGGUUAAUUUAAAAAUGACAUUUGAUAAAUUAAUACUGUGUCUCAAACUUGCUUGACUUUGUCUGAACCCUGUAUAGCCACAUGGUGGCGCUGCAGGAUAAGAUGGGAGAAGGUUUCUUAGCGGCUCAGGGGUUUCCCUUAACCAGCGGAAGAGAAAGCACUGAAUAAAACAGCACGCCGGGGUUCUGAAAAGGUAGGCCAUCCACAAGACCCUCCAGAAAGGAGCGCAGGUCUAUAAAUUCUCGAGGUCCAGAUGAGCGGAGCCACUCUCUGAGCUGCUGGAGACUGAGUGGACACAGUAGGGCAGAAAGCAUUUUAUCUAAGGAAGGAUGGAGCCCAGAUUGGGGACUGCUCGGCAUGUAAGGCAAGUGCUGCUUUUCUUUGUUUUCCUGGAAGGAUCCUUCGUUUUUUCCGAGACCUGGAGGUACUCUGUGGCAGAAGAAAUGGAGACUGGCUUCGCUAUAGCCAACAUAAUUAAAGACAUGGGCGUGGGUGAUCUGGCUGCACGGAGGGCCAGAGUUAUAUUUGAUGUGCAUCAGCCUUAUUUGCGGUUAGAACUCGAGACAGGCAACUUGCUCUUGAAUGAAAAACUGGACAGGGAGGCACUUUGUGCUAGCAGUGAACCCUGUAUAUUGCAUUUCCAGGUGUUAUUGGAAAAUCCUUUGCAGUUUUUUCAGGCUGAGCUUUUGGUUGAAGACAUAAAUGAUGAUACUCCCACGUUUCUAGAAAAACUCUUAUUUCUAAAUAUCUCAGAAGGUGCUACUCCAGGAACGUCAUUCCAAAUGGAUAAUGCUCAGGACUUGGAUAUAGGGAUGAAUGGUAUACAAAACUAUACAAUAAGCCCCAACCCCUAUUUCUACAUUAAGUUAAAAGACAGUGGUAAAGGAAGAAAAUACCCAGAGUUGGUACUGAAUAGAUCUCUGGACAGAGAAAAGGAGCCUUCGUUUAGUUUAAUACUAACAGCCACGGAUGGAGGCUCCCUGCCCAGGUCAGGGACCGCACUGAUUGAAAUUGUGGUUAUGGAUGUCAAUGACAAUGCUCCUGAGUUUGAAAGAACCCUGUAUGAGGUUCAAGUACCAGAGACCAGUUUUGUGGACUCUCUGGUAAUCAAGGUGUCUGCUACAGAUUUGGAUUCAGGGAUAAACGGAGAAAUAUCUUAUUCAUUUUCUCAUAUCUCUAGAGAUGUACGGAAAACAUUUGAAAUCCAUCCAAUUUCUGGUGAAGUCCAUUUGAAAGCACUCCUAGAUUUUGAGAUAAUUCAGUCUUACACAAUAAAUGUUCAAGCCACUGAUGGUGGCGGUCUCUCUGGAAAAUCGACCAUUAUUGUUCAGGUUACAGACGUGAAUGACAACCCACCAGAAAUAGUCAUUACUUCUCUUAUGAGUCCCAUCCCAGAGAACUCUUUGUCAGAGAUAGUGGUGACUGUUUUCAGUUUACGAGACCAAGAUUCUGGAGAGAACGGGAGAAUGAUGUGCUCCAUUCAAGACAAACUCCCUUUUCUCUUGAAACCUACUUUCAAAAUUUUUUACACUCUAGUAACCGAGCACCCUCUGGACAGAGAGAGCAGAGCUGAGUACAACAUCACCAUCACCGUCUCCGACAUGGGCACACCCAGGCUCACAACCCAGCACACCAUAACAGUGCAGGUGUCCGACAUCAACGACAAUGCCCCCGCCUUCGCCCAAUCCUCCUACACCCUGUCUGUCCGAGAGAACAACAGCCCCGCCCUGCACAUAGGCACCAUCAGAGCCACAGACUCAGACUCUGGCUCCAAUGCCCACAUCACCUACUCGCUGCUGCCUCCCAAUGACCCUCAGAUGGACCUUGCCUCUCUCAUCUCCAUCAACGCUGACAAUGGGCAGCUGUUCACGCUCAGGGCGCUGGACUAUGAGGCUCUAAAGUCCUUCGAGUUCCUCGUGGCCGCCACAGACCAAGGCUCCCCUGCACUCAGCAGCCAGGCGCUGGUGCGCGUGCUGGUGCUGGACGACAAUGACAAUGCGCCCUUCGUGCUCUACCCUCUGCAGAACGCCUCUGCGCCCUUCACAGAGUUGCUGCCCAGGGCUGCGGAGCCUGGCUACCUGGUCACCAAGGUGGUGGCAGUGGACCGCGACUCUGGCCAGAACGCCUGGCUGUCGUUCCAGCUGCUCAAGGCCACGGAGCCAGGGCUGUUCAGCGUGUGGGCGCACAAUGGCGAGGUGCGCACCACCAGGCUGCUGAGUGAGCGCGAUGCCCCCAAGCACAGGCUGCUGCUGCUGGUCAGGGACAAUGGCGAUCCUCAGCGCUCUGCCAGUGUCACUCUGCAUGUGCUGCUGGUGGAUGGCUUCUCCCAGCCCUACCUGCCUCUGCCAGAGGUGGCGCGCGACCCCGCGCACGAUGAUGAAGAUGUGCUUACACUGUACCUGGUCAUUGCCUUGGCAUCUGUGUCUUCACUCUUCCUCUUGUCUGUGCUGUUGUUUGUGGGGAUAAGGCUGUGCAGGAGGGCCAGGACGGCCUCUCUGGGUAGCUGUGCUGUGUCUGAGGGACACUUUCCUGGCCACCUGGUGGAUUUCAGUGAUGCAGGGACCAUGUCCCAGAACUACCAGUAUGAGGUGUGUCUGACUGGUAUGCCAGAUUCCAAGGAUUGUCAGCUCCUGAACUCUGUGUUUCCCAGUCGUGAGAGGGCUAUGAAUUAAGAGAAAGAAAAUUCUGCCUCUGUAAAUGGUUUUGAACU